AUGCACACAGUAACAAAUUGUUAUUUACUCAAUUUAGCUGUUUCAGAUAGUUUGCCGUUAAUUGUUAGUUUACCAUUUGAAAUUCAGUUUUUUGUUAUGUAUAUGAACUAUUAUCCUUUUGGACAAAUUGGUUGCAAAUUACGCAGUCUUUUAGCCGAAACAUCCACUAAUGUAUCGAUUUUGACCAUAAGUGCAUUUACGAUUGAACGAUUUAUAGCCAUUUGUCAUCCGUUACGUUCAUCGUCAUUAUCAACUAUUCAUCGUGCAUUAAAAAUUCAACUUUUAAUAUGGAUAAUUGCCAUUCUAUUUGCUAUUCCGUAUUAUCAUUUAACUGUUAGAACAUCGAGUGGAUGUACAUUGGACCUUACAAAAACUGAAUGGUUGACACUAUGUUUUCGAAUAUCAGCAUCCAUAUUUUUUGUCUUACCAGCCUUUUUAUUAUUUAUCAUGUAUGCCUUAAUGGCACGACGAUUAUAUACAUCAGGAUUUCUUCAAGAAGUAAGAUCAUCAAAAGAUGGAACAUCGGUACCAUGUUUAGAUGGUGUUCAACAUCUUCAAAAUGAAUAUGAUAAUCAUCAACGAUCACUGUUAGGCCAGUGUCCACAUCGAGAAUCAACAACAAGUAUUCUAACACGACCAAAUUCUCGUCUGUCACAACAUCGAGAAAAUUCAAUGAAAAAAUCGGCGUUCAAAAUGUUAUUUGCAGUCGUAGUAGCUUUUAUUAUUUGUUAUGCCCCAUUUCAUGUUCAACGAUUAAUAACAAGUAAAAUUGAAGAAAAGAGUUUAACAAUAUUCAAACGACGAUGUGUGGAACUAUUUUAUUUUGUUAGUGGAAUAUUAUAUUAUCUUGGAUCAACUAUUAAUCCAAUAUUUUAUCAUUUAUUUUCAAGUAAAUAUCGAUUAGCAUGUACUAGAACAUUGAAACGUUUUAUACAUUGUCGAAAAGAGAGACAACAAAAAAUGUCUCAGGCAGAACAAAUGAAUAAAAUAUUACAUAAUCAUCGUGAAUUCGGCAAAUCAAAUGCAAGAUUGCUAUAUUACACGACAAUUCCACCUCCUAUUUGUAAUAAAUGCAUAACUCCACAUGUUAAACCCGAUAUCGGCCCCAAUGAUUAUAUCAGUAAUCAAAAAUUGUUGACACAUUCACUUCCAAAUUUAACAGAAAAACAUCAUUUGUAA